AAACAACAAUAUUAUGAAAGUCCAGUUGGCACCAAUCAAAGCCUCAAGAACCUUAUCCCAGAUCAUAAAUCUAAUCUUCCCCCACAUCCAAAAAACUUGGCCAAUUUCCCUUCACACAUCACAAAAUUAUCGAAAGCAUAUUGCCCCUUCACAUCACCAUUCUAACAAAUAAUUGAAAUCCAAUUCCAAGCCAACAAAAGAAAGAAAAGGCUAAUUGUUGUUGAGGAGAGUAGUGAGCAAUGGCUGCUUCCACACAAUGCUUCUUGCACCAAUACCAUGCACUCUCUAGCCCUGCUAGAAGUAGAUCAUCCUCCGUUUCAACCCUCAAGCCUAACCAAUUGGUUUGCCGUGCCCAAAAGCAAGAUGAUGCCAACAACAAUGGUUCCAUCUCCCGCCGAUUGGCUCUCACUUUCCUCAUUGGUGCUGCUGCCAUUGGUUCGAAGGUUUCCCCUGCCGAUGCUGCCUAUGGAGAAGCUGCGAAUGUUUUUGGAAAACCAAAGGAGAACACUGAUUUCAUGCCAUACAACGGAGAUGGAUUCAAGCUGCAAGUGCCAUCCAAAUGGAACCCAAGCAAAGAAGUUGAGUACCCUGGUCAGGUUCUCAGAUAUGAAGACAACUUUGAUUCCACCAGCAAUCUCAUUGUUACAGUCACUCCAACUGACAAGAAGUCCAUCACUGACUACGGCUCCCCCGAAGACUUCCUCUCUAAAGUGGACUAUCUGCUAGGAAAACAAGCCUAUUUUGGUAAAACUGAUUCAGAGGGUGGAUUUGAAUCUGGUGCAGUGGCAACUGCUAACCUUUUGGAGUCAUCAAGCUCAACAGUGGGAGGAAAAGAGUACUAUUUCUUGUCAGUAUUGACAAGAACUGCAGAUGGAGAUGAAGGUGGGAAGCACCAGCUGAUCACAGCCACAGUGAAUAAUGGCAAACUUUACAUUUGCAAGGCACAAGCUGGUGAUAAAAGAUGGUUCAAGGGUGCUAGAAAGUUUGUGGAGAAUGCUGCCAGUUCUUUCAGUAUUGCUUAAGAAUGGGAAAACAAAGAAAACCAUUAUUUAAGUUUGUAUGUACUUAGUUCUCCCACUCUUCAAAACAUAUGGUGCUGAGAUGAGUUGCUUAAUUGGACGUCCUUUUUUUCUCUUCCCAA